CCACAAUCCAAAACCAUGAGCCUUUUUUUUCCACUGCCUCUGGUUUUGCUCACAAACUAAACUAGUGUCUGUGUUUUCCAUUGUCUCAAUCUCACACUAUAUAUUAACAACAACCUGCAACCCAUUCAUUCAUCUUCAACUUAUAUUCUCCAUAAACACAUCAAACUAUUAGCAAUUUAGCACCUUCUACUACUUUGUAAUCGUUCAAGAGUUGUGAACUGUGAAGAAUGAGUUCAACAAGCCGUGCUUGGACUUGGAGCGUGGCAGCAAGUGUUGGAGUGGUGGAGGCCUUGAAGGACCAGGGUAUAUGCAGGUGGAACAGUGUGAUGAGAUCAGCACAACAACAUGCUAAACAUAAUAUGAGGUCUUUGUCUCAAACCAAGAAGUUUUCUUUUCAAUCAUCUGCGAUGGCUUCUGCCAAAUUGAAAGAUGAGAAAGCUAAGCAGUCAGAGGAGUCUUUGAGAACAGUUAUGUACUUGAGUUGCUGGGGUCCCAACUAAACAAAGAUGCUAAGACUUCAUGCAAUUUUGGAUUUCCCUUUUUUUUUCGCUCGGAAUAUGAUGAGGAAUGAAAGAGCCAGAAGGUGCACCAAUCACAGAAGUGUCUCAACUCCCAACUAACAUGUUAUGUUACAUGCAUGCUGUUGAUUUGAUCCGAUCGAAUCAGAAGCUUAAUUAAUUGAGAAAUGAGUCUGAAGCAUGCAUUUUGCUGCCUUGGAGAGACAUGAAAUGGAUUUGGAAGAGGGGUCAUCAUUGGAAUGAUGAAAUUUCAGACAGAAAUUGCUAUUAUGUAUAGGAUUUUUUAUAUGAUGACACCAAGGUUAUGUAUUAUGCUGAAUAACUGUAAGAUGUAAUUUAUAAAGCUAAACAAGUCUUGAGAAAUGACUUUUCUCUAUGAA